GCAUCAUGUUUGGCCAAAGGGCUUGUUCCUGUGCUCAAUAUUUAAUGUUGUCAAUUUAAAUUUGUCUAAAAAGUCAAAAAUUCUAAAGUCUAUUAAAGUCUGUUGACCAAGACUGCAAAUAAAGUUAAGUGGAUCGCAGGCAAGGUGUGUUUUGCUAACAGUUUUAGGAAUUCACACGUUAGUUACGGUUAUUUCUAAUAGCUAAUUCGUUUGUUGUUUAUAUGUAUUCGGAUUUCUGUGUGAAUGUCAACCUUAAGGAGAUAAAGGCUAAUCCUUCUAAACUAACAAGCUUUAAUCUGUUUGGAUAAACAUGCAUCUGGUGCCUGUCUGUGCAUUGUUGAGUCAGGAGGAGUCCUGUGUUCUCCUUGCUUCUUGCCUCUGGGUCUGGAAAUGGGAAACUCCAAAAGCGGUGCCCUCUCCAAAGAUAUCUUGGAAGAUCUCAAACUCAACACCAAAUACACAGAAGAUGAGCUGGCAAUAUGGUAUCAAACAUUUUUGAAGGAAUGUCCAAAUGGAAAGAUCACCAUGGCACAAUUUCAAAAGAUCUACUCUGGAUUUUUCCCGGAUACGGAUCCCAAAGAAUACGCUCAACAUGUUUUCAGGAGCUUUGACACCAAUUCUGAUGGGAUCUUGGAUUUUAAGGAAUACAUCAUUGCGCUUCACCUCACCUCCUCGGGAAAAACCUCGCAGAAACUUGAAUGGGCUUUUUCUCUUUUUGACGUCGAUGGCAACGGAACUAUCAACAAAACAGAAAUAUUGGAAAUUGUCAAGGCUAUAUUUAAAAUGAUAAACGAAGAUGAACUAAAAACACUACCAGAGGACGAGAACACACCAGAGAAGAGAGCUGACAAAAUCUGGGACAAUUUUGGCAAGAAGGAAAAUGAUAAAUUAUCAGAAGACGAAUUUAUUCAAGGCACCCUGGAAAACAAUGAAAUUCUCCGAAUGAUUCAGUUAGAACCAAACACAAUCAAAGAAAAGCUAAAAAGGAAAUAGCUUCAAUCUUUCACUGGGAAUAAUAUUUUCCCAAAGACUGUUCCAAGAUUGUUUACAAAUUACUGUUUUCUCAAUAAUACAAUGCAAGAGCUGUGUAAUUUUAAAUAUUAAUAAAAGAUUCGGUAUACAUUU